AAAACUGUUCGUUGUUUUCUCUACCUUCAUCCCCCUGAUUCAUUUCAGCUACAAUAUGUAACGGAUGACACCGACCCCUAUUUUGAUGCGUAUUUUUAUUUGUUGGAAAAUCUCGCAAGUGUCAAAAUUAUGCUGUUGAUGUUUGAUCUACAAAACUGCGAAGAGCUCUUGACACGAUUGUUUCGUGAAUUUUUUAAUGCAAUGAGGGAAAAUACGCAAAAGAUUGUGUAUGGAUACUUUAUUGAUAUAAUGCAACAGUUGAUCGAGGAAGCCCAAGUUCUGCCUCAGGAAACUAUUGACAUUAUUUUAUACCAAUUUCUAAAGAAAAGAAAGGAAGAACAUCCAGCUGCAUAUCAAUUAGCAAGUGCCAUAAGUCGGGCAUCAACUGAUAAACUCCAAUAUUAUGUUUGCCAGUAUUUCUCCGAAGUUAUUGUUUCUUCGGGCAAAUCAGUGGCACCGGAAGUACUAAGCGACUUCAAAACAGCCCAUGAACUCAUUAAAGAACUUAAUCGCGCAGCACCGGGGUUACUUUUGAAUGUGAUACCACAAUUAGAAGAGGAGCUGAAACUCGAUGAUUUCAAUCUAAGAAUACUUGCUACUCAGGUUCUGGGAGAGAUGUUUUCGGAGAAAGGAUCUAGUUUAGCAGUCCGAUAUGAGAACGUUUGGCAGAUUUGGCUUUCGAGGCGUAACGACAAAGCAACCGCAGUUCGAAUCGUUUGGGCUGAUUAUUGUAUUCCACUAUUUCAAAAUCACCCUGAAUUGGCAAAACAAGUGAAUGAUGCCAUUAAAUCAAAAAUGUCGGACCCUGAUGAAAAAGUUCGAAUUGCAUUUUGUAAAAUACUUGGUCAAAUCGAUUAUGAUAGUGCUCAUAAUUUGGUCGAUGCCGAAUUGUUGAGUGCCUUGGCUAAGCGAUGUCGUGAUCGUAAACACGGAGUUAGACAAGAAGCGAUAAAUGCUCUCGCAAGGCUAUAUAAUUUGGCAUUUUCUGAUAUCCUCAUUAAGCAAGAAAAAGCAAUGACAAACUUUAGCUGGAUCCCUAAAGAAAUAUUAAAUACACUAUAUACGAACGAUAAUGAAAUUGUCGUGUGUGUUGAAAAGGCUCUCGAAGAACACAUAUUGCCUCAUAAUAAUGAUGAUUCGGUCCGUGUUGAACGAAUUCUCACUGUUUUGAAAUCAUUGGAUGGAAAAGCGAAGAAAGGGUUUUUUUCUUUGUUUCAGAGACAGAGAGACGCGAUUUCUGAUAUGGAAAUCUUUUUGGGGUUGUGCGAACAAAUUAAGGGGGAUGAAG